CUCGUAAAUAAAAGAAAAAAAAAAAAACUGCUACUUUCUUCUUCUCGGCUGCAAAUCUCUCUCUCCCUGAUUGAAGCAAGGAGAAGAUGGCAUUUCUACUCUCGAAGGCCUCCCCAUUUUCCCGUUUCCAAAUCCAUUCUCAGCCAAACAAGAUCGAAGAUCCUUUCCUUCUCUCUCGCCGUCGUUUCCACCUCGAACUUGGAGCUCGCGAGAAAGCGCUUUUGGAAGAAGACCCUGCAUUAAAGAAGUUCAAAUCAUACAAGAAGAGUGUAUGGCGGCUCAAAAGAGUUGGAGAUGUCCUAACAAUUAUUGUUGUUGCUGGCUGUUGUUAUGAGAUUUAUGUUAAAACAGUAAUGAAGAAAGCAGCGGUUGAAGAGGCAAAGGCUAAAAACAGUGGAGCGUAAAACAGAUGCAUACGUGAUGCAGUUCCAAGACAUUUUAAUAACGGUUGCAAACCCAUCAUCUCUUUCCUUAAAUAGGAGAUUUCGGAGGGGGAACUUUGUCUGUGUUU